AUGGAUGACCUCUACGAUGAAUUUGGCAACUUCAUUGGCGAAGAGGCCGAGGCAUCUGAGGAAGAGUCCGAACAUGGCUUGGAUGCCGGCGCCUACGUCUACGAUGACGACCAGUCAGAGGCCGCACACGAGGCGACGGGCCAGGAGCUCAUGGAGAUCGAUGAUGGGCCCUCCAACGCCGUGAUACUGCACGAGGACAAGCAGUACUACCCAACUGCUCAGCAGGUCUACGGAGAAGAUGUAGAGACCAUGGUGCAGGAGGAGGAUGCGCAACCGCUCUCACAGCCCAUCAUUGCGCCCCCGGACACGCGCAAGUUCACCAUCGAGGAGGCCGACUUGCCCCCAGUCUUUUACGACCGUGGUUUCAUGACAGAUCUCAUGAACUAUCCGGAUCAAAUACGCAACAUUGCCCUCGCAGGCCACCUCCACCACGGCAAGACCGCCUUCAUGGAUAUGCUAGUUCUCGAAACGCAUGAUAUACAAGAUAGGUUGGAGAGGAGGACAGGAAAGAAGCGGGAUGAGCAGUUGAGAUAUACCGACAUCUCAGUCAUGGAGCGGGAAAGAGGAGUUUCGGUCAAGGCAGCACCCAUGAGCUUGGUCUUGCAAAGCACAAAAGGAAAAUCGCACCUUGUCAACAUCAUCGACACACCCGGACACGUCAAUUUUGUUGACGAGGUGGCAGCUUCCUUGCGUCUGGUUGACGGUGUGGCUCUGGUUGUAGACGUGGUCGAGGGUGUUCAGGUCAAUACUGAGCAGAUCAUCAAGCAUGCCGUUCUGGAGGACCUCCCGCUGACCUUGGUCGUCAACAAGCUCGAUCGCCUGAUCUUGGAAUUGCGACUUCCCCCCAAUGAUGCGUACUUCAAACUGAAGCACGUUAUUGAAGAAGUAAACACCAUUAUAGAGAAUACCGUUCCUGGCUCAGGGGAGACGAAACGGUUGAGCCCUGAAAAGGGCAAUGUUCUCUUUGCCUGCACCGAGAUGGGUUGGUGCUUCACGCUUCAGUCCUUUGCCAAGAUGUAUGCCGAAAGCUUCCCGGGAGUCAACACGGACGAGUUUGCCAGGCGUCUCUGGGGUGACGUUUACUUCAACCCAAAGAAGAGGUCCUUUAGUCGGAAACCCCUGCCGGGUGAAGAACGUGCCAAGAGAUCAUUCGUCCAUUUCAUCAUGGAGCCCAUCUACAAGCUCUUUUCGGCCUCCAUUAGUCAGAAUCCUGAUGAGCUCAAAGGCACAUUGGCAACGUUGGGCAUAUCACUGAAGCCAUCGCAGUUCAAGACUGAUGCUAAAGUCAUCCUUAAGUUGGUGUGCGAGCAAUUCUUUGGACCAUCUACCGGCUUCGUCGACAUGAUUGUGCAGCACAUUCCUUCGCCGGCCGAAGGCGCUCAACGAGAAUUACAACAGUACUACACUGGACCACUAGAUACAAAGGUGGCCGAAGCCAUGAAGAACUGUGAUCAGGAGGGCCCAUUGGUGGUUCACGUCACAAAACUCUUCAGUGCGGCCGAUGGCAAGAGCUUUUCGUCCUUGGGUCGUGUCAUGAGCGGUAUCGCAAAGCCAGGCAUGCAAGUACGGGUGCUGGGUGAAGGUUACUCUAUCGACGAUGAGGAGGACAUGGUCAUGGCAACGAUAUCAGGGGUCAGCAUUGCUGAGACAAGAUACAACAUUCCCACAGAUGGUGUUCCCGCUGGUAACUGGGCAUUGCUGAGUGGUAUUGACAACUCGAUCGUCAAGACAGCAACCAUUGUGCCGCCGACACUCGAAGACGAAGAGGAUGCAUACAUUUUCAGACCAAUCACACAUUUCACCGAGUCAGUCUUGAAGGUGGCGGUUGAGCCUAUCAACCCAUCCGAAUUGCCCAAGAUGUUGGACGGUCUCCGCAAGAUCAACAAGAGCUAUCCUCUGAUCACCACCAAGGUCGAAGAGUCUGGCGAGCACAUUGUCCUCGGCACGGGAGAGCUGUACAUGGACUGCGUGCUUCAUGAUCUGCGGCGCGUCUUUGCAGACAUGGAAAUCAAGGUGUCUGACCCAGUGACCCGAUUUUGUGAGACGGUCGACGAGGUCUCAGCCACCAAGUGUUACGCCAUUACGCCAAACAAGAAAAACAAGAUUACCAUGGUCGCCGAGCCUCUUGAUGACGGUAUUGCGGAGGAUAUUGAGAGCGGACGCGUCAAGAUGCGAGACGGGACGCGCAAAGUGGCCAAGUUCUUUGAGGAAAAGCAUGGGUGGGAUCUACUGGCGGCACGAAGCAUCUGGGCAUUUGGGCCAGAUGAAAUGGGCCCGAAUAUCCUGCAGGACGACACACUCCCAUCAGAGGUCGAUAAGAAACUUCUCAAGACGGUGCGAGAAACUAUCCGCCAAGGGUUCAGUUGGGCAGCCCGCGAGGGACCGUUAUGCGAAGAACCGAUCCGCAAUACCAAGUUCCGCAUCAUGGACGCCACUCUGGCCAACGAGGCAAUUUUUAGGGGAGGUGGUCAGAUUAUCCCCACAGCUCGUAGGGCCUGCUACUCGUCGUUCCUGAUGGCCAGCCCGCGGCUCAUGGAACCGUUGUAUGCUUGCGACAUGACGGGACCACAGGAUGCAGUGCCCGUGAUCUACAACGUGCUCGCACGCCGCCGUGGCCACGUUUUGGUUGACGGACCCGUGGCGGGAACUCCGCUGUACCGCGUCCAGGGUCUGCUGCCAGUCAUUGACUCCUUUGGAUUCGAGACAGACGUGCGGAUCCAAACUCAGGGACAGGCAAACGUAAGUCUGGUGUUUGACAAGUGGCAGAAGGUGCCUGGAGAUCCUCUAGACAAGGAUGUUGUUCUUCGGCCACUACAAGCAGCCGAUGCUCAGGCUACCGCCAGAGACUUUGUGCUCAAGACGAGAAGGAGAAAGGGUCUGAGCGAGGACGUCAGCGUAGCAAAGUUCUUGGAGCCCGAGUUUUACCAGAGUCUGAUCGAGAGCGGCGCUCUGGACUUGUAA